AUGGGAAAAAUUCAGAAAAAGAGAAAGUUUGUACCACACGAAUUGAGCCAGAAGAACAAAGAUAACCGUGUCGAAAUGUGUCUGAAUCUGUACAACAAACAGCACAGAAAGUCUUACCUGUGGAAAAUCGUAACGGACCCCGGCCAACCAUCCACAUCAACGCCAAAGCGGAAUAUCCACGACCAAAAGGUAAUGCUCUGUAUAUGGUGGGAUAUGCAGGAUGUGCUAUAUUAUGAGCAACCACGUGAAACGGUUGAUGGUGAUCGCCAUAGUCGACAACUAUUGAGAUUGAACGAAGAAAUCCGUCGAAAACGUCCAUAUACUGAUAAAGGAUUGCGUCCGGUGAAAUUGCUUCAUGACAACGCUAGGCCUCAUGUCGCUAAAACGGUCAAAGAAACAUUAUUGACGCUUGGUUGGGAUGUUCUACCGCACCAGGCACCUAUUAUGGAACUUUUUGGAAUGGAUUCCGAUCGGAAUAAUUCCGUUUUCCCUAGGUUAUCCCUAGAAGUUGAGAAUUUAGCAAUAUUACGCCACGAAAGGGAAAGACAGCGCCUCGCAGAAAUUCAUGCAAGUCAAAUAAUGAGAAGAAGACUUAGAGAUAUGCUUGAUCCAUUUGCUUUGCCUGAAAAUGAAUUUAUGGGCAUGUAUCGGUUAACAAGAAACAUGACGAGAAUUCUUGUAGAAACGUUGGAACCAUAUCUUUCUCCACGAAGGAGAGCUCUGGGUAUUCCAAAUGAAUUGAAGGUACUGUGUGCCCUGAAUUUCUAUGCUCAAGGUAGUUAUCAGAAAGCUGUCGGUGUGGAUAGUAGGUUGAGUAUAGCCCAACCUACUGUAAGUGUAAUCUUACAAGAAAUAACGAGUGCCAUCAAUAAUUAUCUUCUAAGACAAUGGAUACGUUUCCCAACAACACUGCAAGAGAUACAGCAAAUCGUUCAAAGCACAAAACAUCCUAUGACAUCUUAA